AUGGAAUAUAUUUCCUCAUAAUCUUUGGCUUCGUACAUAAAGUCUAAGCCAAAUAGAAUCUUACCAGAAAAAGAAUGUUUAACUUUGUUCUAUCAAAUUGCCAUGGCUAUAAAAUAUUUGCAUGAUCUAAACAUAAGUCAUAGAGAUAUCAAAUUAGAUAAUGUUUUAAUGAUGAAAACCAAUGUAGUAAAACUGAUAGAUUUCGGUUUUGCCAUUUGCAUGCCUCUAAAUUAAAAAACUAACGUUUUUUGUGGAACACCACAUUAUAUGUCUCCAGAAAUCAUAGCAAAGGUAAUUUUACAAUUUAUUGAAUAAGGUUCCUCAUCAUCCUGCUAGUUCAGAUAUUUGGUCUUUAGGUAUACUUUUAUCUAAAAUGAUAACAGGAGAAUAUCCUUUUAAAGGAUAAAAUGAUAAAGAUUUAUAUCGAUAAAUUUAGUGUUAAAAAGUAAAAACUAAUUAAGAUAAAAAAAUAAACGAAAACGUAAUGAGAGUAAUAAAUGGAUGUUUAGAAAAGAAUGUAUAAAAUAGAUGGAACAUUGAUCAGGUCCUGUAUUUCAUAAAGACAUCUUAAUACCAUCAGUAAAAGUAUUUUGAAUUAAUGA